AUGGCCCCCACGACAACGUCACCAGCCCCUUCACGGCCCAGACAGUUCCACGCGACGGCCAGCCGGAGCAAUGGGCUCACUUUCGAGAACACCGGCCGACUGCCCGAGUUCAGUCUGAGAGACAAAGUCAUCAUCGUCACCGGAGCCGGCCGCGGGCUGGGCCUCGUUCAAAGCGAGGCCCUCCUCGAAGCCGGCGCAAAGGUCUACACCCUCGACCGCCUGGAGAGGCCCGACCCAGACUUCCACCGCGUGCAGGAGCGCGCCAAGGAGCUCGGAACUAGCGUCACUUUCAACCGCAUCGAUGUUCGUGAUAACAUCAGCCUGAACGCGACCAUCGAGAGGAUCGCUGAUGAGAAUGGCCGCAUCGACGGGCUUCUCGCGUGCGCCGGCAUCCAGCAGGAGACACCCGCUCUGGAGUACACCAUGGAGGACGCCGACAAGAUGUUUGGCAUCAACAUCACCGGUGUCUUCAUGACGGCGCAGGCCGUGGCCAGGCAGAUGCGGAGGCUGGACCGGCCGGGAUCGAUGGUGUUCAUCGGCAGCAUGAGCGGGACGGUGGCGAACAAGGGAUUGAUCUGCCCAGCAUACAACGCCUCCAAGGCCGGCGUGAUCCAGCUCGCGCGGAACUUGGCCAUGGAGUGGGGACCUCAUGGCAUCCGUGUGAACACUAUUUCCCCGGGCUACAUCGUGACUGCAAUGACAGCACCCCUUUUCGAGCAGUUCCCCAACAGGAAGGAGAAUUGGCCCAAGCAGAACAUGUUGGGCAGGCUGAGCUACCCAGAGGAGUACCGUGGUGCGGCUGUCUUUCUCCUGAGUGACGCUUCGAGCUUCAUGACUGGCGCAGACCUUCGCAUGGAUGGAGGUCAUACUGCCUGGUAA